AUGAUGCUUCCUUCUUUUAUUUUUUAGUUUAGUUCAGCUCAGACAUUUAGCUAUAGGCCAGAAAGUCUUAAACGAUACAGUGGACUCGUGCGCUUAACUGCGGCAUGAAAGUCUCUACGGAACAAGUAUGACUUCAGGAAUAAAGUGCCUCAAUAUUUUCGUUUGUGUUGCUUUAAUAAUAAUCUUCAAUUUUCCGAGAAUAACAAUCAGCUCAUAUUGGAAAAGUGACGAGGAUGAUGAUAAUACACAAUGUCCAAAAGUAAAAGCAAUCAGGGACUUUGAUGUUUCCGAGUUUUUGGGAAUAUGGUACGUGGUUGAAUACUAUGCAAGUUCUGAGGAAGCUCUUGCCUACAGGUGCAUGAAGGCAGAACUUUCAGUGUCUUCUGAAAAUGACGAAGUAACUAUGAACUUUACCUACAGCUUCGUCGAUGAUCCAAUUAAUGAACAAUUAAUUGGGAACAUCACCUGGAAAAUUCCUUCACCAGAUUUACCAGCUCACUGGGUUCAUGCUGAAGAACCUUAUGAAGGGGUCUAUAACACCUACGUUUUAGACACGGACUACAAGUCGUGGGCGUUAUUGAUGCAUUGUGCCGAGAAGAGUAAGAGUCCACGGUACUUAUCUAGUUUUAUUAUGAGUCGAGAAGUCAGUGUUGGAGUCAACGUAAUUUCAUAUUUGAAAGAAAAACUUCUCAGGUACGAUGUAAAUAUGGAAUAUUUGUUCACCAUGGAGCAAAAUAACUGCACAACAAUAGAAACACAAGCGGAUUUAAUGGUACCACCACUGGAACCGAAUAUUCGACAAAAAAUUGGAAACAGAAAACAUCCACUGAAAAGAAAACAUAAAUAAUCAAAACAAAAUUUUAAUUCUAAUUUUACAAGAAUUAUCAACUUGUAAUUAUUAUGAAUUUUACUACAAAAAGGCUGUGUACUUGAAAAUCGUUCUCGACAAAAUUAUUAACUUUGACCUUAAUUGUAUUUGUAUAGAAAAAAAAUAUUAAGAGAGAACAGCAAAUAUUUUACGAAAUUAAAUACUAUUCAUUAUUAGUUAUUUAAUAAUUAAUAUUAACUCUAUUUCUACAGUAAUAUUUAAUCUGUUCUAAGAUUAAUUACGAUUUGUAUAAAAGGAAACCGAAAUAAAUGUAGAAAUCUCUAUUUUUUAAA